AUGGACUCCCCCGACUCCAAGAAGUUGCAAUCCAGCAUUCCCAACUCCUUUUCCCUCUUCCGUCUUGUUCGUGAUCAAGCUCGCAUCAACCCAGAUGUCUUGGCUCAUCACUACGAGGGGUCGGGUACCACAGACGACCCCUACCUAGUCAUCUGGAUACCUGAAGACACCGGCAACCCCCUGAACUGGUCGACCUCCUUCAAGUGGAUCGUGACCAUGACUGUUGCCAUGACAUGUUUCGCUACUGCCUUUGCCUCGAGUGCUUUCAGCGGAACGACUCGGGAACUCGUCUACGGCCUUCAUGCUUCGACAGAGCUUGUCACAGCUGGCGUCUCUCUCUUCGUCCUUGGUUUCGCUCUGGGUCCUCUGAUUUGGGCGCCAUUGAGCGAAACUAUCGGCCGCCAAUAUGUCUUCUUCUCGACCUUUGCCUUGUUCACAGCCUUCCUUGCUGGUUGUGCUGGGGUCAACAACAUUGGGAGCCUCCUCGUUUUGAGAUUCUUCGCAGGCUCCUUCGGCUCUUCGCCCUUCACCAACGCCGGAGGUGUCAUAUCAGAUAUUUUCUCGGCUCAAGAGCGCGGCCUUGCCAUCACUAUCUUCAGUCUUGCUCCCUGUCUCGGCCCGGCUGUCGGACCUCUGGUGGGAGGCUUCUUGGGUGAGACCGAAGGCUGGCGCUGGGUACAAGGCCUGCUAGCCAUCUUUGCUGGCGUACUGUGGAUCUUGGCUUCUUUUAUUGUGCCAGAGACAUAUGCUCCUGUCUUACUUAGACGCCGUGCAGAGGAGCUUUCCAAGAGAACUGGCAUGAUCUAUUCAUCCAAGUUCGAUGCUGAACGAGGUGCCAUCUCGGCUAAGCAGAUGGUUUCGACCGUCCUCGUUCGCCCCUGGAUCUUGCUAUUUACUGAACCGAUUGUUCUGCUUCUGUCCAUCUAUAUCGCCAUUAUCUAUGGAACCCUAUAUCUUCUCUUUUCUGCGUUUCCGAUAGUCUUCCAGAUCCAUCGCGGCUGGAGCGAAGGUGUCGGUGGUUUGGCAUUCCUCGGUGUCGCGUUUGGCAUGUUCUCCGCUAUUGGCUUCUCUCUCUAUUCGCACAAAUGGUACUUGGCAGCAGCGGCUAGACAUGGCGGAUUCGCCCCCCCUGAAGCACGUCUCAUCAUCGGCAUGUUUGGCUCUGUCGCGCUCCCAAUCGGGAUGUUCUGGUUUGCUUGGACGAACGGCCCUUCGAUCCACUGGAUCUCACCUAUCAUGGCCGGUGCACCUUUCGGCUUCGGACUUACUCUGGUCUUCCUCUCCGUCACAUCUUACCUCAUCGAUGCAUAUGUCAUCUACGCCGCAUCCGUUCUCGCCGCGAACACUGUCCUUCGCUCUCUAUUUGGUGCCGCAUUCCCUCUCUUUACACAUCAGAUGUAUGAUCGCCUCGGCAUUCACUGGGCCUCGUCCAUUCCCGCUUUCCUCGCCCUGUUAUGUGUACCCCUGCCUUUCAUCUUCUACAAGUUCGGCGCGAGAAUUAGGGCUAGGUGCACAUAUGCCGCUGCUGCCGAGAAAGCAGUCUUGAUGCUCCAAGCAAAGGCCGCAGCAACCACAACAACAACAGCCAGAGGAAGUAGCAUGGGAAGCGAAGACGAGUUUGACGUGGAGAAGGCUGAGGCCAAGGGUGUCAAAGAUCCAAUGGAGCUCACGAGAGCCAGAACGAUCGAUACCGUCAGAGAGGUUGCUUCGGUGUAUGAGGCCGGUCCUUACGAUAUUGAUCGUGUCAACACCAAGAAUUCGGUCUCUGGCAUUUGA